AUGAUUCGGGUUUCUCGACUCGUGGUCGUGUUGUUACUGUUCACGCUCCAGGCUGUUGCUGUGGUGAAGGCUUGUACUGAUUCCCCGGAGGGACCACUGGAGGAAAAUGUAGACUAUACUCAAGGCGAAUCUGUUGCCAAGAUUCACUCUGAUUUCGAUGAUGGCACAGGGAAUAUCAUCUACUCUUUAGAGGGGAUUGGUGCAAACCAGUAUCCCUUCAAUGUGUUUGUGGUUGACCCUGUAACUGGAGUAAUUCGUGUGACUCAAGUGCUUGACAGGGAGUCCAUUGCUUUCUACAGACUGUCAGGUGUUGCUAGGUACAGAGAUGGUAGGCUGGCAGAAGAAAACGUUGAUAUACGAUUUAAGGUUGUAGAUCAGAAUGACAACCCUCCAGUGUUUGGAAAUAUCAUGCCCUGUGAGGUGCAGGAGCUCACUCCUCUAGGGACUUCUAUUAUGAAAAUAACUGCAACUGAUGCUGAUGAACCAGGGAAUGAGAACUCUCAGAUUGCCUAUUCCAUCGUAAAUCAGAAUCCACCCAAUGGCAUGUUUGGCAUUUCUACAGAUGGAACCAUCUUUGUUAACAGUUUUUUGGACAGAGAGGAAGCAGAUCAGUACAAUCUGACAGUGAGAGGUCAAGACUUAAAUGGCAAACCCGAGGGAAACACUGCAACCAGCACUGUUACCAUUAAGGUCCUGGAUAUGAAUGACAACCUUCCUACACUGAAACAAGAAUGGUUUGAGGGCGGCAUUGAAGAGGAUACACAAGGUGUGGAGGUGAUGAGAAUCAAAGCAGAAGACCUGGACCUGGAGGGAACAGAGAACUGGGAAGCUGUGUUUGACAUUGUCAAUGGCAAUGACGCUGGAUACUUCAGCAUUAAAACAGACCCCAAGACCAAUGAGGGCAUCCUAAUGCUUGACAAGGCUGUAAAUUAUGAGGACAUGAAGGACCUUGACCUAGGAAUAUCUGUUAGAAACAAGGCUCCACCAUAUGAUGGAUCUUGGGCAAGUUCUGGAACUAGUAGAAGUUUUGCAGGAGGGGGAGGCAGAGGGGGAAGAUGGCGAAGGGGAGGAGGAGGAACAGGUGGAUCAACUGGUGGUACUGGUACGGGAAGUUGGUCUGGAGGAUCAUCAUGGCAAAGUGGGACGACAUUUAAAACCUAUCCAGUCAAAAUCAAUGUAAAGAAUCAGCCUGAGGGGCCAGCCUUUGACCCCAAAGUCAAAGCUGUUCCCAUCUCAGAGGGAGGCAACUCCUUCAACAUUAAUGAUGUUAUUGCCCGCUACCCUGCAAUAGAUGGAGACACUGGGAAACCAGCUGAGAAUGUCAGGUAUGUCAAGGGCUCAGACCCUGACAACUGGCUAACCAUCGACCCAAAGACAGCUGAGAUCAAACUGAACAAGAUGCCUGAUAGAGAAUCUGAAUUUCUAGUCAAUGGGACAUAUUUUGCUAAAGUGCUGUGCAUCACUGAAGACCAGCCUGCUAAAACGGCCACCGGCACCAUAGCAGUCCAGGUGGAAGAUUUUAAUGACCACUGCCCCACCCUGACCAGCAACAUCCAGACUAUGUGUACCACGCAUGAUUCUGUUAUUGUGAAUGCUAAAGAUGAGGAUGUUUUCCCUAACGGACCUCCUUUUGACUUUGUAAUCGUCCAAGUGGGCACUAAGGGCAAAUGGCAAGUGGAGCAUCUCAAUGACACUGCAGCGAUCCUGAGGGCGAAGGAAUCCAUGUGGCCUGGUGUGUAUGAGGUGGAAUUUUUGGUCAAGGAUCAGCAGGGACAUUCCUGUCCAGAACCACAGAAAGUGAAGGUCCAAGUUUGCACCUGUGAGGAUGGAGUGCAGUGUGGAAAACGAGGCAGCAGUGGUCAGUCCAGCAAAGGGGUAGAGUUCGGACCUGCAGGCAUCGGACUGCUACUUCUGGGCCUGCUGCUCUUACUACUCAUUCCCCUGUUGCUGCUCUUCUGCCAGUGUGGGGGAGUUGCUGGUCUUCCAGGAAACUUUACUGAGAUGCCUUUCGACACCAAAUCAAACCUCAUUAACUACCACACUGAGGGCCAGGGAGAGAACACGGGAGUCCUGGUUGUUGGAGGGCCGGUAAGCAGUGGAGGACAGCUUGUCCAGGAGGAAGGAGAUCUGUCCCAGAAGAGUGAUAUCUCUGGAUCUCAAAGAGUCCUCCACAGCAAAAGCAGCACGUCUGCUGAGUCUCAGAGCAGCAUGGUGGGUUCAUCUACCACCACAGUAAACACAACCCCCUCCUACCGCAAGGUGGUGGUGCAGGAGACACGAGAAAUUCACUGAAGGACAGAUUGGUGGGACAGCAGACAACCUCUUCAGUGAUGCCAUUAAGACUUUUCUCUGGCCUGGUCCAAAUGGUGAUGGGAUGCUUGUGGGACUCAACUAAUACAAAACAGUCAAUGGAGAGAGGGCAUGUUUCCCAUACUCCUUCCUUGACAAUUGAAUUUUUUGAAUUUUUCAAUGAAACAAAAAGAAAAGAAAAAAUGCCAAUCCCAGCCUCCCUUCAAGCAGUGCACUCCUAAAGGUCAGGGGGAGAGGCAAUGUUACAUUACAGUACAUGGUCAUUACUUCAAAGAAAGGAAGGAAUAAAUAAACAAUAAAAUAACGACAAUGGUCAUCUAAUGUCCAAAACUAUCCUAGCAGACCUAUUUAGUAACUUCACGCAGCCCCACAUCUCUGUUGCUGUGCAGUUAUCUAGGGCAAAGUUCUCCAGCACAGAUAUCUCCACACAUACACAUGAUUACAUUUGUUUAUUUUCUAUAUAUGAUCUUUUUUUUUACAUUUUUUAUAUCUUCACCACUGUUAAGACUGUCUUAUAUCUUUAGUGGCACAGAAUGUCACACAAUCAUUUCAGUAUAAAAUCCGUAUAUUCUCAUAUUUUAUGUCGUUUUCAGUGCUAUUGUUUUGCAUUAUCUCUUACACAUUUAUAUUCCUGCUGUGUGUUGGCACCAAUAUAACAGACAUGAAUACUUUGGAUUUGGUAGAUCAAUUUUGUGUCAGAUUAGGUUGCUACAUAUGGUUGGAGCGAGAAACGUCAGUGUCCGUUCUUGUAAUGAAAGAAAACUGGGUAGCUGACUGAGGUUUAUUCCUUUAAGUUUACAAAAUCUUCUGUUUGCUCUGUAAGUUGUUCCCUUUUUCUUGUAUUCAAAAACAUUGAUGGGAAGCUCCACUUUUCAGGUUGUUCUGUAAAUAUUUUUCUAAUAAAUAAUAAAUAUAGCAAUUUGGAUUGAAAAGAUACAGAAGAAAUAAUAGUGUAUUUACGGUACUCAUAUCUGCUAUGUCACCACAGGAGCUUAUAUCACCAAAGAGCUUAUACGGUAUACAGCUUAUACAGUAUUAACCGGCAACUUCCAGAAAAAAAUGAGACACUUCAAAAACUGCCGUCCCUCUAAUGGCCACUUGAGGCUGGCACCAGAAGUGACUCAUUCCCCAUCCCCCUUGUUAAAUUGAUCAAUUUUACAGCAGAAAUAAACAUGUUUGCCACCUUCAUGA